UUCCACCAACUCGUCCUCCCCCAGGUCAUUAACCCACCAUCGACCAGCAGCGCAGCAGGCCACCAGAAGCUCGCCCCUCAACCUCCCAUCCCAUGGCGAAAUGCAGCAAGAUCCGCGACAUCGUCUGGCUCCGGCAGACCCUGCGGAGGUGGCGGUCCCGCGCCGCGGCGCGCGUGGCCGCCGAGGGCGGCGUGACGGUGCCGGCGGGGCACGUGGCGGUGUGCGUGGGCGGGGCCUCGCGGCGGUUCGUGGUGCGGGCGGCGCACCUGAACCACCCCGUCUUCCUCGAGCUGCUCCGGCAGGCGGAGGAGGAGUACGGGUUCCGGACCGGCGCGUGCGGCCCCAUCGCGCUCCCCUGCGACGAGGACCGCUUCCGGGACGUCCUCCGCCGCGUCUCCUCCGAGGACCGCCGAGGCCGUUCGUUCGGCUGCCCCGCGCCGGCUGCCAGCGGCCGAGACCUCGCGACGCGGCCGUUGCUGCAGCGGGCGGCGGCGGAGGAGCUCGUGUGGUGACGGAUCGAUGGAAGCAACUCGCAUUGGCCAUUCGGUGUGCGUGCUCUGUUCUCAGGCAAGCUACCCGUGGCGAACUGCGGCGGCUGGUCUUCCGGACGCCGGAAUGGCGCAAGCAUGCCGCGGCCCGCGGCCGAGAAGACUGCGCCCGCCCACCCGCGCGCACAGCAAGCGCCCGAGGCCCGAAUAUCUGAUUGAAGGGCGUGGGCCGGUGGCCGGUGGUAGUGGCCGGCGGCGCCCCAAAUUGUGAAUCGGAGACGGCGCCGCGCUUGAGCAGCUGAGGCAGGCCGGCGGGCGUGCGUAGUACCAGCUAUAUACUGCUUGACUGCGGUUAGAAGAAACUUGUAAUGAUUAGUUCAGGAAUAUGACAAUUUUUUGUGAUGUUGUAAUUGGUAACACUCCUUGCUGGGAAUAAUUCCCAUUACAAGCUUGUCUUCCUCUGUCAUGAUGUU